UUGAAAGACAAGAACACACACAGUUUUGAACCACUUAGCCUAUCGUUUUUUCUCUUUUUUUCCAUUAAUUUCUAUUUAUGGUAGUCUAGAAAAACACCAUGUUCCACGAUGACGUUACAUCUGUCAAUUUUGGUGGGAUUAAGCUACAGGUGCAUACAUUCAGAGAGACAUUCACGCUGUAAAUUUGAGAAGUGCGUAAAAAUCCCAAAUUACCAAUGGAGCUCCAAAAUGCUUUACUAACUCACGCGCAUGUGAGCCAUCACCAUGGCAACGGAAGAUACACUAGAGCGCCGCCAGGAGCUGCAGACGAAGACCGGGCACGGAGCAGGUGCUUCUUUCCCCGGGCAGGGCUGCUGCAUUAAUCCUAUCGAGUGUCCAUUCCCCAAAGGGUCCUGUCUAAGAAAGUGACUUUGGUUUGAACGAGGUAAGGCAGCAUUUAGUUGUGUUUUUUAAUUAUUUUCCUUUGAAAUAGCCUACUGACUUAGACUAUCCGCAAGUGGUUGUUUUCCUAGUUAGAUGGUUAUGAACUAUGCGAACGCGCAAAGUGAAGCAAUGUUCUAACAUAUUUCCAUUACUCCAUUACUUGGCACUCGAAUUUAACUAGUUCUCCUCAGUCCUCUUGUGCAAUGCAAUAUCCUGAUCUCAAUUAGGCCUACAGGAUCUUCUCAAGUGAACAGGUGGAGGUAAAGCAUAAUUACUAACUCCAAGCAAUUAACCCCCCCCCCCAACCCUAACCCCCCAUACAACAACUAUCAAUUAUUGAAAAAUAACAUUUGGCCUAAACAUUACUGGGUAUGCCCUUGAAGAACAAGAACAGAGCAGCAGGUGGUGUGAUCACCAUCCACACACCCACACCUUUAAAUCUCAAGCCUAGGGUGACUGCAGUGGCUUGGGCAGAUGUCCCCGCCUCCGUGGCAGAGAGUAGGAGGAGCCUGUACUGUCGGAGUGUCAUGACGAGGAAUGCAAGUCCGGGUAGAGGAAGAGGAGGAGGGGGUGGACGAGAAGGGGGGAGAAAGAAUCAGACCUGGGUUCCUAGGUCACCAAGAGGGCCCUGUGUGGAUUGGCUGUCUCACUCCUCCUUCAGGCGCUUGCAGGCUAAAUUAGAGUCAGAAAACCAAGAGACAGGGAAAAUCAUUCAACCCCUACUGGAUACUGAGAAAGGCUUCAUCAAGGACCUGGAGCGUUUCCUCAGCCACCAGGAGGUUUUGGCGCUCCGUAAGAAAGAGCUUCUGCACAGGCACUGGACUGAGCGUGUGUGGACGCCCAUCCAGAGGAACGUGGAGGACCGAGUGACCAACUGUUGGUCCGAGGAGGCCGACAGGAUCCGCAGCAUGUUCAUGCACUACAUCAACUACUGCAACAACAAGGGCUUUGUGUCCCUAGAGGACUAUGACCCCCUGGAAUACAACCCUCUCCUGCAAAACAUUAACAAACCUCAGUUCUUCAAGGUUACUACACGUGCCUUGAAGGACCCACUGUUCUUCCAAUCCCGUGAGAGAGUAGAGGAAAAGAGGGCACUCCUUCGCUGUCAAACAGGUCAUUUAUACACACGCAGAGAAGUGGAAAAACUCCUGAAGCAAAGUCUACCUCACCAAACUGUGCCCAGUGGCUGGACCUCCGAAAUGUGCUCCAGGUCAGCUGACCUGCCCCUGCUGGCCUCACCCACUCACCAAGGCUCCACCUCUAGAGCUCCUCUAGUGGAGAUGGACCCUGAGCUAUGGAAGCUCAGCAGAACGAGCGUGACUCCAUACCAGCUCACAGCCACAGCCACUCCGGAUAGAAGAUGUCUGCAGGCUGGCUGCUGGUCGUCCAGAGGAUGACCUCCAUCAGGCUACGUGCUAAUAGGUUUCUACAGGCACCCCAGCUCCUCUCCAGUGACAAAAUGGAAGGAGUCUCCUUUGAAUGUUAUGACAAUGAGAUUAAGGAAGGAUGGAAGCAGAAAGAGAGACCAUUGUUCUUUGGGAAAUACAUGAAGGAAGAGAGGAGAGAAUGACGUGUUUAUUGUAGUCAGACUGGGCCCUGAUGCUCACAAGAGUGAAGCGAACUGUAGAAUUGUCUGUCACCUUCCCAAUUAAAAGAUCUUGAGAACAACACAUUCUGGUAUGUCACUGGUGAAAGAAGGGAGCUAAUUAAUGUUUGAUGUGCAGUAAUUGUAGCCUCAAGGUAGCAGCUCUUGGCAGAGACUACAGAUGGUAAAUGGAUAAUUAAAAACUUUUAUUCAAGCCGUUGAUUCCCAGGGUUCUAAGAAGCAUAGCUAUGUCUCUCCUGCUUCGUGGUUACAAUGUGACAUAAUAAAUUCCUUCAGUGUUGUGCAACAGGUUAAAACAAACAAACAAACGUUUAUUUUGUAGUAAAUAUUCUUUGGAUAUAUUAUAACACCAUAUAUUAUCAUCCUUCAUUUGUGCAUUAGGGAAACAAUGACACAAUUACAGAUAUAAGGUUUGAGAAUAACUAAGGAAACAAUAGUUCUCUAUUUUCAAUGAACCGUACAAAAUAUUGGCAAUGGAAUUUACAAUUGAUAUUUGCAUCUUCCAAUAUAUGUAUCAAUAGCCUGCUGUGCAAAACUUGUAAGUAAAAUGUGGUAAAUAAAUUGAAAGAUUUAAGAAGUUUUCCACAGACUAUCAACUACUGACUAUUAACUAGAAAUCAACUCUGAAAGGCUUAUCUGACAGGACUAAUUACAGCUGAAUCAAUAUAUUUUACAAUAGUCACCAAAACAGAUAAAUUACUAAAAA